ACCGCCCAGGCCCGGCCUGGACCAGAGGUCGCGGGGCCGAAGCCAUGAUCCCCGGGUGAGUGAGAGGCCGGCUCGGGCAUCCGGGGGAAGGAAGGAAGGAGAUGCCUGGAGGUUCGCAGGGCGCUUCCUCCUUAGCCUGGGAGGGAGUGCAAGCGCCUUCAUCCCCGUUUUCCAGAUGAAGAAACUGAGGCCCAGAGAAGUGACGUGACUCGCCCCCGAGCGUCCGGGCCAUGAGCCGGCACAGCCGGCUGCAGAAGCAGGUGCUCGGCCUGUACCGGGAGCUGCUGCGCGCCGCUCGGGGGAAGCCGGGCGCUGAGGCGCGAGUCCGAGCCGAGUUCCGCGAGCACGCGCGCCUGCCGCGAACCGACGUACUGCGCAUCGAGUACCUUUACCGGCGCGGUCGGCGCCAGCUGGAGCAGCUGCGGGACAGCCACACCACAGCCUUGGGCAUCUUCGGCCCCGGACCGCCCCCGCACUCGGACCCGGAGCCACAGCCCGAGGCCGGCACCAAGGAGCCCUGAGGGAUGCCCAGCCCCGGCCCUGGCAGCCUGGGCACCCGCACAGUGCACACCCUCCGAGCCUGGGCACGCCCUCUCUUCCCGCACCUUUCAGGCUCCUGCGGUGGACCGCCCUGGACCCAGGGAAAGGAAGAAAAAUACACAGAAAACCCUCGGGACCCCCUGCCUACACCCUAAGACCCCGAGACUGACCCAGAGCCUUCCAGGACUCCCAAAGGCCCAUCGGUGACCCAUCCCCGCAUACCUCCGGAGCCUGCCAGCCUCUGGGCUCCGAGGGUCCCAUGGGCCUGAUUCUGGGGCACUUGCCCUCCCGUCCCCCAAUAAAAUGGGCCCCAUUUGCUAAGA